AUGGAGAUUGUUUACAUGCAAAUUGUGAUGGUGCUCACACUAUUGGUGGAAUGCCUGCUCGGAUCCCAAUCUACCGCUGUGCAAGAAAUCAACCUGCAACAACCGCCCGCCGAUCCGGAGCCGGAAUUCGAGGGCACCAUCCAGAACGUAACCUUUCCGGCCGGACGAGAAGCCGUCCUGACCUGUUCGGUGAAGAAUCUCGGUCGCUACAAGGUCGGUUGGCUGCGUGCAUCUGAUCAGACGGUGCUUGCGCUGCAGGGGCGCGUGGUGACGCAUAACUCACGGAUAAGUGUGGUGCACGAAGAUAUGCGAACCUGGCGUCUGCGAAUACGGCAGCUACGUGAAUCGGACCGCGGCUGCUACAUGUGUCAAAUAAACGCCAGCCCGAUGAAGAAACAGAUUGGAUGCAUUGAUGUGCAAGUCCCUCCGGACAUAAUCAACGAGGAGUCAUCCGCAGACAUCGCCGUACAGGAGGGCGAAGAUGCGACCAUUGUGUGCCGGGCGGUGGGCCAUCCCACGCCUCGCGUCACCUGGAAGCGGGAAGACGGCGAAUAUAUGCUGCUAAGGAAACCGCAAAGCAGAGAGCUGAUUAGAGUUGAAGCGUACAAUGGGACGCACCUGCAUCUUCAGAAGCUGGAGCGAAGACAAAUGGGGGCAUACCUGUGUAUAGCAUCCAACGAUGUUCCACCCGCCGUUAGCAAGCGGGUGUCACUGAGUGUUCAUUUUGCGCCAUCAGUGCGUCCAACAAGUCAACUACUGGGUGCCCCGCUAGGCUCGGAUGUCCAGCUCGAGUGCUCGGUGGAAGCUUCGCCGAUGCCGGUGUCCUACUGGCUGAAAGGAGGCCGCGUACUGCCUAGCAAUUUCGCCGGCUCUAUCAACAGCAAUUACGACCAGGGUCAAUCGAGACCGGAAAUGCUUCUGGACGGGCCCAAAUACGGAAUCACCGAGGAGCGACACGGAUUCCGGACGAAUAUGCGACUGGUGGUGCGAUUCUUUUCGCCAAACGACGUUGGCACCUAUCACUGUGCUAGCUCCAACUCGCUGGGGCGAGCCGACGGAACCAUGAGACUGUAUGAAAUAAAAAUUCAUCCGGGUGGAGUACAAACAAGCGACGAUCAAUUAAAUAUAAUUGGAGGUCUUGCUGAGGCCGCCCGAGGUCGGGGCAACUCGAGUGCCAAUUCAUUAGUGCCCGGUGGCAGCUCCCUGCACUUUGCACUCGUCUUUGCCGUGCUGUCGAUGCUUCUGUCACUGACUUCAACUUUCAGAUGA